AGUUGUGAUAAUCUAUAAUAAUGAGAUAAAAAAAAACAUACAGUUGGCCUUUCAACGCUUCCGUAUGAUAGGCAUUGGUUAAAAUCCUUAUAAAAUAUAUUCUGAAGUAAAAUCGUUAAAUUAAAUAUUCUUAUCAACAACGAUUUAGUUUUCGUCCGGGAUAUCAUAAGUAAAUAUAAUAAUCUAUAAUUUUUGCUGAUAAACAAAAUGUGAUGAACCAUGGGGUGCGAUCUCAACUACUCAGCGUAUCUAUCGACCAUCUAAGCGCAUAAGCUUAUGUCUUGCGUGGUCUUUGUGCAUUUGUAUUUUAUAUUUAUUUAAAAAGUACAAUGUAUCUUAAUAUUUACUUGCGAUCGCCCUUCUGUCGUUUCUGUUUGCCGGCACUAAAUUAUUCAUAGUUCAUCAACAAUACACAUCUAUAAUAGUAACGAAAAAUAUAUAAAUUCAUUUAAUAUUAUGCUGCUUGCCUAAUAUUGAAUAAGAUAAUUCGGUAACCUUUUUUUAUUUUAUUAUUAUAAAUGGUUACUUUUCAUAAAUCAAAACAAUAUGAAACGAAAUUUGAAAAGUAUAUUGAAGUAUUUAUUUUUUAUUCUGAUUACUGCCUUCGUUACAAUUGUAAUUUUUAAAUUGACUAUACGAAUCAAUCAGCAUGAAAACAAUGAUACAAAACAAUUAAUGACUGCAGUUAUUUUGAACGAAAAAUUGAACUCAAAUAAUAUUCCCAUGAUUGAUUGGCAUGAUCGAGAUUUAAUCAAUGUUGAAAAACUACGAACCGGUAUUGGUGAACAAGGAAUAAGUGCUUCACUUCAAUCGUUCAAUCGACAUAAAUAUGUUGAACUAUAUAAAGUGAAUGGAUUUAAUGCAUUGUUAAGUGAUAGCAUAUCUAUCAACCGUUCAUUACCAGACAUUCGGCACAAAUUGUGUAAUUUUAAGAAAUAUAGUAGUAAAUUACCAACUGUGAGUGUAAUUGUACCUUUUCAUAAUGAACAUUUUUCAACACUUCUCAGAACUGUUUAUAGUGUCCUUAACCGUUCUCCUAAAAGUUUACUUAAAGAAAUAAUUUUAGUAGACGAUUCAAGUACCAAAGCUAAUUUAAAGAAACCAUUGGAUAAUUUUGUAUCAAAAAAUUUAGCUAAUAGAGUGAAAAUCAUACAUUUGAAAAAAAGACAAGGGUUAAUAAGAGCUCGUUUAGCUGGUGCAAGAAAAGCUACUAGCGAAGUAUUAUUAUUUUUAGACUCGCAUACUGAAGCAAAUGUUAAUUGGUUACCUCCUUUAUUAGAACCUAUUACUAAAGAUUACCGAACUUGUGUUUGUCCAUUCAUUGAUGUUAUUGCUUAUGAAACAUUUGAAUACCGAGCUCAAGAUGAAGGAGCUAGAGGUGCUUUUGAUUGGGAAUUUUUUUAUAAAAGAUUACCACUUUUACCCGAAGAUCUUUUAAACCCAACCCGACCUUUUCGGAGUCCUGUGAUGGCCGGUGGUUUAUUUGCAAUAUCAGCUAAAUGGUUUUGGGAGCUUGGUGGCUAUGACCCUGGUUUAGAUAUAUGGGGUGGAGAACAGUAUGAAUUAUCAUUUAAAAUAUGGCAAUGUGGUGGGACUAUUUUAGAUGCACCUUGCUCAAGAGUAGGACAUAUCUAUAGAAAAUUUGCUCCAUUUCCUAAUCCUGGUAUUGGAGAUUUUGUUGGAAAGAAUUAUCGUCGUGUAGCAGAAGUAUGGAUGGAUGAAUAUGCUGAGUAUUUGUAUCUUCGAAGACCACAUUAUAGAAAUAUUGACACUGGGGAUAUAUCUGAGCAAAAAAGAAAAAGAAAAAGUCUCAACUGUAAACCUUUUAAAUGGUUCAUGCAAGAAGUGGCUUUUGAUUUAGUAGAAAAAUAUCCUCCUAUUGAACCACCAGAUAUAUUUGAUGGAAAGAUAAGAAGUUAUACUGCUCCUGAAUUAUGUUUAGAUGCUAAGUCUGAAAAGAAACUUGAUUUAAAGGAAUGUGUUGAUGAUGACAUUGAAACUCAAAAAUUUAUAUUAAGCUGGAGGAAUGAUAUUAAAACGAGAAAUAAUUUGUGUUUGGAUAUAAGUGAUUCAUCAUUCAAGGCUAAAAUCACUUUGUAUGGAUGUCAUAAUGGUGGAGGAAAUCAAUUAUGGCAUUAUGACCAUAAAAAAAUGAAGCUCGUUCAAGGGAAUAAUCAUAGAUGUAUGGAAAAUGACAUCAGUACUAGAAAAGUUUAUGUUACUCAAUGUAAACAAAAUUAUGAUGACCAAAAAUGGAUAGUAGAAAAUUUUAACUCACAAUCAUCUACUUGGUCAUUAACUUAUUAAUAAUACUGACAAAAUUAUUUAUCUAAAUUAAUUGGAGAAAGUAACAGAAUUGAUAAAAUGACAAAAAUAUAUAAAUCAAUUAAUUUUACACUCAAUUAAAUAUUUUUGACUUCACUUAAAUUAAAAUAA